AAUGCAGCUGGAAACCUAAAGGACAUCCCGCCACUCCGAAGCCCUCUGGAAGUUUACUCCAAGCGGAAUUGCCAUUGAUCUCGGAAAACAAUUCCACUUCCCCUCCCACUGCUGGAGAAUGCUUCCCAGCAAAAAAUAGAGCACCAGGGAUGUGAGAAGAAAGGGGGAGUGGGGACAGAGGGGAAGAGGAGGUGAUGGAGGUGGAGGAACAGAGAGAAGGGAGGUCCGAUGGGGGAGAGAACUCACUCAUGAUGCCCCUGCUAUUAUUGCUGUGCCAUCCUGGAUGAACAAAUAACUCUCAGACGAGGCUCAGAUGCCAGCAGGUCCUGCUGAUGUUCUCAAGAAGGAGGCGUCGCUGCUCCUCGCUCUUCUACCACACUUCCACAAAACUUGAGGAGUUCUGGUCAAAUACCUGAUCAAAGGCCAACUUACAGGCAGCAAGUAGGUUUGGACCCACAGCCGGGAUGGGGGACUGGAGUCUCCUGGGGAAUUUCCUAGAGGAGGUCCAGGAACACUCAACGUCGGUGGGGAAGGUCUGGCUCACCAUCCUCUUCAUCUUUCGCAUCCUGGUGUUGGGGACGGCGGCGGAGUCUUCCUGGGGGGACGAGCAGAGCGACUUCCUGUGCGACACGCAGCAGCCCGGCUGCACCAACGUGUGCUACGACAGCGCCUUCCCCAUCGCCCACAUCCGCUACUGGGUGCUGCAGAUCGUCUUCGUCUCCACGCCGUCGCUCAUCUACAUGGGACACGCCAUGCACACGGUCCGCAGGGAGGAGAAGCAGAGGAGGAAGGAGCAGGAGGAGAGGGAGGCGAAGGGAGAGGCUGGAAGAGACUCUCAGGAGGAGAAGGAGUACUUACAGCAGAAGGAGAAGGAGCUGGACAGGACGGGUCGCGUUCGUCUGAAGGGAGCGCUGCUGCAGACUUACAUGCUGAGCAUCUUGCUCCGGACGGUGAUGGAGGUGACCUUCAUCGUGGUUCAGUACCUCAUGUACGGGGUGUUCCUCAAGGCGCUGUAUCUCUGUAAGACUUGGCCCUGCCCCAACCCCGUCAACUGCUACAUGUCCCGGCCCACAGAGAAGAACGUCUUCAUCGUCUUCAUGCUGGUGGUGGCCGGGGUGUCUCUCCUGCUCUCCGUGUUGGAGCUCUACCACCUGGGCUGGCAGAGCAUGAAGAGGUGUGUGCGCAGGAGCGCCGCCAAAAGGACCAACCACAGAGCGGUGACCGUGGAGUCGGCGCCCUGCACUCCGCCUCCAGACUUCGGCCAGUGCCUGACCACCUCCAGCUCCAUGAACCCCAUGACCUCCAUGCUCUCUCCUCCCUUCAACACCAGGGUGGCGCUGCAGCAGAACUCGGUCAACCUGGCCACCGAGCAGAACCACAGCUGUGACAACCAGGAGGACGGCGUGGACUUUUUGGGGAUGAGAUACGAGCAGGGAGCGUCAGAGCUGCCCAGCAGAUGCUCGCCGGUGUCUCUGCUGCAGGCGGGUUACGUGAAGGACAAGCGGCGCCUGAGCAGGACCAGCAGAACCAGCAGCCGGGCGCGCCAGGACGACCUGGCGGUAUAGAUAGCAGCUCAGUUCGUGGAGUGGACAUUUUAGCUCAGAACAAGGACAGAAAAGACUGCACAAUCUAAGGGAGGGAUUCUUUUCACUGAAGAAUAAGUCUGACUACUGCCAGCUAACAAUAACCCAGCUAAAGAAUAAUAAACGUGACAUAGACUGGUCAUAUUUCACCAACUCAGAUAUGCCUUGUCAUCCAUAGCUGUGUAGGCCUUCAAUACCCUUCAAUAGUCUUUGCAAAGAAUAAAUAGUUCUCUAUGUCCUCGUCUGCUUUAAAAAGGCAGAAUUUUAGAGUCAAAUCUUUAGCGUGAAUCCCUGUUGUCAUCGUCUGAGGACUGAAACGAUGACUAGACUGUCCUCAGGGACCGCUGUAUGACUGGGGUAGGGAGCAGUCUUCUCACACUCUAGCACACAGAAAGUCUCGUCAUUUUGAAGCUGCAGAACUCGAUGAGGUGGGUGUAGGUGUUGGGCGACCCUCUCUCUCUAACGAUGAAGAACCCGACUUAGGUGGAUUCUGAGGUCUCACCCUCGUAGCUUUCUGGUCCCUUUCCUCCAGUAUCUUACCCCCACAGCUGGUCAUCUUAUCCCACUUCUGACACCAUGUGUGACACUCAUCCAGCCGAUUGUGUCUUUUCUUCUAGUUUCUCAAACACAAUGAUUUAAAAUACGGUACGCAACAGUUUAGCCCGCUUUACAAGCUCCACCUGAACUGCACCACCUGUUUGUGAACCCCAACCAGAAGGCGGAGGGAUGGUCUACUUUUAAGCGCCCUUUUUAACAUUUGUCAACUAUAAAAACAAAAAUUGGUGCACCACAAUGGGCUGAAAUGAGCAACACAGUGUACUAAAUGAGACUGUAAAUAAGCACUGAGACAUGUAAGAGGAGUUUUGACAUCUAUGCAGUAGGGCACAAAUGCAACUUAGUCAGUCACUCGUUGUGCAAGUUCUCCCCCUUAAAGAGAUGAGAGGCUUGUGAUUUCCCUCAUAAUUAUACCUCAACCAUUAGAGACAAAACAAGAUAAAUCCAUAAAAUCACAUUGACUGAUGUUUAAAGAAUUUAUUUAUAAAUUAUGGUGGAAAAUAAGCAUUUAGUCAAUAACAGAAGUUCAUCUCAAUACUUUUUUUCAUACUCUUUGUUGGUUAAAGUCAAACGUUUUCUGUAAUUCUUCACAAGUUUUUCUCAAAGUGGUGAACUUGCUGGUACUUUGGUCCAUUCCUCCAUGCAGAUCUCCUCAUUUUUCUCAUUUUUUAAGUGGUAGAACUUGCACAACUGGUGGCUGACUAAAUUAUUAUUGUUUUGCUUCAGUGAUUGUGACCUCUGCUGGAAUCAUCUUGGUUGAAUAAAAUCCAAAAAAAAAAAAAAAAAGAGUCAGGAGAACAGGGUAAAGAAACUAUUGCACAUUUUAUACUGAAAGUAAUGGAAAAGGUGAUUGUGGAAGACUUUUUUUACACCACAGAACGUAUAAAAAGUUCAAACAAGCAAUUUAUGACAAAUUCCUCCUAUUUGCAGUAAACUGUGCCUUAUCAAAAAGUAAAAAAAAAA